AUGCCUCGUAUUAGGCCGCAAGAGUUCCUCAAAGCCAGAGCAAUCAACAAGGCUUUGCUGUCGCUGCUGCCCGUUUGCCGUGACCUCAGCUCCGCUCGAAAUGAAUUCAGAUGGAUGAAAGAGCAUGCCAUCAAUGUCUCACACCGGCUCGGCUAUAAUGAUCACCCGACACUUCUCCGAAGUCUCGUGAAACGACGUGCUCAAGGCGAGCCGUUGCAAUACAUUCUUGAGAGCGAGUAUUUCGGCCAUCUCGAAAUCAAAUGUCGGCCGGGAGUCCUCAUACCGAGACAGGAAACAGCGGCCUCAGUGUCCUACCUUGCACAAUUAGUCUCUCGAGCUUCGACCCAGGCAGACGGCAGGGGCAGGCGCCUUCGAGUUUUAGACCUCUGCACUGGAAGCGGAUGCAUACCUUUGCUAUUCCACCAUGAAUACUAUCGUAAUGAGCACGCCGCAAACGACGAGCUGCAGCUGGUCGGAGUUGAUAUAUCGCCGACUGCACUAAGUCUGGCCAGACAAAACUUGCUCCAUCAGAUCGCACUUCGACGCCACAGCUACGAAAGUGUCAAGCAAACCAGGUCUUUGAACAGCAUCGGCUUCGUCCAAGCAGACGUGCUUCGAAAUAAUCAACAUAGCCCAUCCGAAGCCCUCGAAGAACAUGGACAUCCACCACCACUUCUCCAUGCCCUUCAUCGCCUCAACAGCAACGACAAUCCUCCAAAUUUCGACAUCCUAAUUUCAAAUCCACCCUACAUAUCCCCGAAAUCCUUCAAGAGCACAACAUCACGGUCUGUCCGGAAAUUCGAACCAAAGUUAGCUCUCGUCCCAGAUUCCGCAGACGAAACGGGCGACCUCUUCUAUCCUCAUCUCCUCCGAAUUGCUUCCGAAGUGAAUGCAAAAAUGGUGCUUUUCGAAGUGGCAGAUCUAGAACAAGCAAAGAGAGUCGCUGAACUGGCGCUGAAGGACUGGGAGAAUGUCGAGAUCUGGAGAGAUGAUCCGAACGUGGAUUGUGAUGGAAAGGGCACGAUUGAAAUCAAGGGGAAAUCUAUUCCCGUCCGUGGAAGAGGUAAUGGUCGUUCUGUAUUUGCAUACUCAUCAGAGGCGUCAAAGUGGCGAUUGCCUCUCCAGACGGGCGGAGAUACAAUGGUAGUAUCAGAUCCAGACUGGCCGGAUGUUACACCAGACAGAUAA